CGAAUUUCGGCGGGUUCGUCGGUCGUCGCGUGCUGGAUGGAAAGGGAUGGUGGUCCUCCGAUGGCAGACGACGGAGGGCGGGAGGCUGGCGCCUCUCCCCGUUCGUGCCUCGCUGAAGAGGCGGGAGUCUCGUUGAAAGAAGAGUGGAUGUCGCCUCGUCUGUUGCGCGGUGUGCCAGGCUGGGCAGUGACGCGCUUAGCGGGGCUCCUGCGACGCGACGCGUUAGGAAGGCACACUCCCUCAGAAAGGAAAGAACGCACGAUGGGAAAUCCAAUGGGUCCGAGUCAAAGAUCGCAUCUGAGUUCAAGUUCGACCGUCGGACAGGGUUUUUGGCCGGGGAAGAACUGGGAAAGGCUAGUGGGGAUGAAUCGCCAGCUACAUCGCGUCAGAGUGAGGUCGGAGACGAUAGCACAGCAGCAACAUGCCAUUGAAACGCGGCGUUCUCUUUGGUGUGCUGAGGCCCACUGCCCGUCUAGCCAUCAAUCCUUGCAUCGGGGUGGCUUGGGGGUCAUCUGAUCCCCAAUUUGGGCGCAUGGGUGAGCCGCUGACUGAAGGACUGCCAGCAAGGAAGAGGGGAGGCGCAUCAGGCAUGGUUUGCCCCUCCUCCGCUCCGUCCUCCAUCUGGAUGUCGUCAUACUCGGGCGCAGGCGGAGAGCUCAUGGUGGGCGGAGAAAAGAAUGAACGCGUCUGUCACAGACGCACGUGGAUAUGUGACGCGUGGUCUUCAAGGAGCCCUGUGACAAUUAAGGAGACAAGUGGAUGGCGAAUUGAUGCAUUCGGCCGUGCAGUGCGAUAAGAAUAUAAUUACAGAAUAUAUAAUACAGAUUAGAACACGGUAUCAUAUAUCUGAGUCCCAAUCUAAAAGGUCCAUCUAUGUUUUGCGGUUGAGUUCCUUCACAAGCAAGGAGUUGACCGCAUCUGGGUUGUCUAGAUAAACAUGGUGUCCGGCCCCAUUGACGAUGUAGGAGCGAGCAUUUCCGUUGCCCGCUUUUCGCAGAUUCUCGACCGACUGUUCCCCGCCCUCAGGAUCCAUCCAGUCGUGGUCACCGUCUGGACACGUUGGUUAGACUUGGCGCCAGAAGAGAAUGUCGGUCAAACUUACAGACGAACGUUACUGGGAUCUUUAGAGCAGCAACUCUAUCGACCAGAGGCAUCCGGGCAUGAGCUCCAGGAGCGAGGAUAUGGGAGAUGCAGUAUUCUCCAGAACCCUUGGCGAGCGUAAUGUGUUGGAUGUAAUCGUGCAUGCUGUUAGUUUCUUCCGGCGUCAAUCCCGUGAAACGCCGAGCAGAGUACUGUUCGCGAGGCUUAGACACGCGUCGGAUCGCCAUGGAGAAAUGAAACGUACUUUUCCAAUCAGCAUCGGCGCCCAGAACAUGGUCGAUCGCACGACCUGGAAAGGGCUCCAUCCUUCCUCCCAAAGAUACAUGAACAGCCGCCGAGUUCGGGUAUAUCGUUGGCGCUGUUGGCUCUGUUCUGCGCGGACAGCCUCCACUUUCGCAUGUGUCGCAGGCUCGACAGUUGAUGUAGGACUAGCAGGCGGUGGCUCCAACUCGCGUUCGGGUGCUGUGGUCUGCUCCGGGUCGCGAGGGACACCGGCGGGCGAGAGAAGGAUCAGCUUGUUGACUCUGGUCGGGUAUUUGAGAGCAUAGGCGACGCUAAGAUAGCCUCCGAGACUGUGCCCGAUGAGCGUCAUCUGUUCGAGCUUCAUCUUCUUUCGCCACGACUCGAGAGAGUCGAUGAACUGAGAUCCGCUCAGUGACGUGAUGAAAAGAAUGGAGAGCACUCACGAAUGAUUCAGCUUCUGCGACGCGCUUCGGCGUAUCCUUCCUCGGAGCCUUGAUCGUGAAUGGCACACGGGCGGAUCGGCCCAUACCUAACCAGUCCACUGCAUAGACAGACGACCGGCGAUUCCCGGACCAUUGUGCAAGAGUGGGGAGAUUGGGAAAGAAGAAUCCGAUGCCCGCUCCAUAUCCAGGAAGCAGUACUACUGGCGGAGGGGCAUCCGGAGCAGGGGAGGUCGGAGUGAGUGAUAAGGUAUUCAGGUAGAAUUUGGGUUGGUCUAGUUCAACGAUUGACGACUCAGCGAUUACGGGGCUGUCGCUGGGAGAAUAGGUCCGUGGGGUAACGAAAGGGAGUCCAGAUAAUAUUCGUCGUUCUGCCAAGGCAGAACCCUUCUCGUUCGUAGCCCACCAGCUGCGAAGGGAUGCACCAAAUGUAACAGGUAUCUCUGAGGCGGGUGGGAUAAGUGAAGUUUGAGAGGCCAUGGCCGCUGCCAUGCGUAGUGCAGAAGUCAGUUUGGAAGGGUCGAGAUGAGGAGCUAAGGAAAGAGAGCGUUAUUAUACGAGCGGCGGAUACGAAGGCCGAAGUGACGUGCGCAAUGCCGAAGUGCCGCUGAUCGGCUGCGGACGCGUGUUGGUUCUGACCACAUCAACUCACCUCUUCCACAAUGUACAAUGGCAUCGGGCUGACAACUCCGCGGGGCAGUGGAACCAACGGUUAUGUUAUUCGAAAUCUUUCGAGUUUACGUUCCCAUCAACCUGCUCAAGACCGCGCAAGUGCGUGGGAUACAGCCCCGCCCAAGCAUCGAGAACCAGACAAGGAAAUUCUCGAGCACGAACGGAAGCGUAAAGUGGAGGUGAAGUGUUUGGAGCUACAACUGCAACUGGAGGACGAUGGAUUGGCUGAAGAGAAGAUUGAAGAACAAGUCAGCGCGCUGCGGGAAAAACUGCUCGCCAACUUCAAUGCAGGUUCUGGUGCCCGAGUGCGGCCCACCGAAACGCACGCAAUUGCAGCUGCAAAAAAAGACGAGUUGUCGCGCAUGGCUAAUGCUUUCGGCACCCGCUCCACUUACGUCGAAGGUGACGCGUUCAAUCGUGAAAAGCAGGAGGAGAUGCGCAUGGCAAGAAAGGCCGAGAGGGAUGAGCGGGACCAAAAGAGGGAUGCUGAGCGCGCGCGGAUGGAAGCUCAGAAGGCACGCUGGGAAGCUGACCGCAAGGAAAAGGAACGCUUGAGGCGGCGCGAAGAGGACAAGCAACGCAAAGAAUCCGAGCAACGGCGUCGGGACAUGCCUCCUCCUCCCCUGCCGUCGACCCGUCGAGGGCGGAGCGCCGAUCGGGGCGCGAGCCGCAGCAGAAGCCGUAGCCCCGGUAUGGCGCCCCGACGUCGAAUCAUUCCCGUUCGCCGUCUCCGGUAGCAAGGACUCGGCGUCGGUUUGACUCUCGAUCGCCUUCGCGCUCUUUAUCUCCUUCUCGUUCUCGCUCCCCUCCACGUCGUCGACGGUCUGCCUCCCCACGGCGCGACAACGAACGUUAUCCUCCUCCCCGGCGCGACCGUUCCUCUCCCCGACGCGAUCGCUCCUCUCCUCGUCGCACUUUUGAUCGCUCCUCCCCACGGCGCGAACGGUCUCCCCCACCCCGAAGGUCUCCUGUCCGUAACCGGUCCCCCGAUGUCCGUGACCGGUCCCCCGACCGGUCCCCCGAUGUCCGUGACCGGUCCCCCGAUGUCCGCCGCCGCUCUCGCUCGGCAUCUACGGGCUCGUCUAUGUCUGUCAGUACCGGUAGGUCUCGCAGUCGAAGCAGGUCUCGGUCAUGAGUCAUUUUUUGUAAAUACAUUGGCCCGUAUCUGUUUUGUUUCCAAGAAUUUUAUGCGAUCUCUUGGACUGGCCUAUGCUUUGCGGGAUAUCUGCCGCCCGUCCAUGUUCCAACUUUGAGUCAGUUUAGCAGCCGGGUUCGAGUCAGUAUUUAUACUUUUUGCAUGUGCAUUCUUGGCUUGACGAUCUUGACUCCCGCUCUGGCGAAUGCACAAAACCAACUCCAUCCGAGUGGCGGCGUCUCGUCUGCGCUUUCGGCCGACUGCUCUGCAACAGCGUUUUCAGUCCAGCGCAGCUACUCAGACUGAAGAGCUGUUGGCUACAGCUUCAGAUUACCUACUUCCUGUAUAUGCCCGUCCGCCCUUCGUACUUUCUCAUGGCCGGGGAUCUUACGUCUGGGACACGAAUGGUCGAAAAUACCUUGAUUUCAGUGCUGGGAUCGCGGUAAAUGCGCUGGGGCAUGGGGACGAAGAGCUUGUCCAGGUCAUCUCGGAGCAGACAGCCAAGCUACUGCACACAAGUAACGUCUACCAUAACGAAUGGGCACCGCGUCUCGCGCAACUGCUCUCCCGCGUCCGCUGGCGCGAAGGUGUUUUUCUCAAACUCGGGCACGGAGGCGAACGAGGGGCCCUCAAAAUCGCGCGCAAGGUCGGUAAAGACCGAGGCGGAGAGCAAAAAACAGGGAUCGUGUGCUUCGAAAACGCGUUCCACGGCCGAAGUAUGGGUGCCCUCAGUGUGACGCCGAAUCCCAAGUACCAGGGCCCGUUCGCCCCGCUGAUUCCAGGCGUCUCUGUGGGCAAGAUGAAUGAUCACGAGGGCUUGCAGACGCUGGUCACCGGGGAGACGUGUGCGGUGAUUGUGGAACCGAUCCAGGGCGAAGGGGGUGUCACCGCUGCGCAUGCGGAUUGGCUAAUUGCAUUGCGAAAGCGAUGUGACGAAGUCGGCGCGGUUCUGAUAUUCGAUGAGAUUCAGUGCGGAUUAUACCGGUCUGGGAAUCUCUGGGCCCACUCGACGCUUCCGCUGGAGGGACACCCAGAUAUUGUGACGAUGGCGAAGCCUUUGGCCAACGGCUAUCCCAUCGGCGCUGUCCUGUUGCGCAACACAGUGGCGGAGACGAUGACAGCUGGGUCACAUGGGACCACCUUCGGUGGCUCUCCGCUUGCAUGCGCCGUGGGCUACCAUGUUCUAUCGCGAUUGUCCUCCCCCGAAAUGGCGUCCCAUAUUGCGGAAACAUCGGCACAUCUUGAUUCCCGGCUGCAGCAGUUGCCGAAACAGUUCCCCGAUGUGCUUGAGCCAGUGGUGAGAGGCCGAGGACUAAUCCGGGGCUUAGGGUUUCAGGAUGCAUCAAAGCCGGGCGUCGUUGUCGAGAAAGCGCGGGAACGAGGUGUUUUCGUCUUGACUGCCGGAAAGAAUGCAGUGAGAUUGGUACCUAGCCUAAAUGUGCGCAAGGAGGAGGUCGACAUCGCUGUUGGUGUGGUUACCGAGGCCAUUCGAGAGCUAUAGAUCUAGACAAGCUGCAGUUUCGGUAGGCAUCUAGUAGACGCGGUACAAUGUAAUCUGCACGCCGCAUACUUGAUUCCCGGUCUGGAGUCUCGAUAUCCC